GGUCCUUCGGCCCGACGGUAGGGCCGGGCCGGGCCGGGCUGGGGGAGCCGCUCGGGCGGGCAGCGAAGGGGAGGGCGCCGCCCGCCCCUCCGGCUUCCUCUCUUCCGUGCCACGCUGCCUUGCCCCUCCUCCGGAGCGAGGACGCCGCGCCUCCCGUCCUUGCCCCGGGCAGCUGCUCUGCCUUGCGUCCCCCGCCGGCAGACGAUCCGGGGGCUUGGGGGCGGAUGGCUGCUGGGCUCCCGCGUGGGUCUGGUCCAACCCAGUGGAGUUGCAGAUAGAGGCCAUCUGUAAGAGAUCAGGGGAGGAGGUGAGAAUUCAGAAGAAAUGCAUAUCUUGUUUCUUAAGCUUUGCAAGACCAAAGAACAAUAAGCAGUUUUUAAAGAGAAACACCUGCCUGCAAGCUGAAGGAACAGCAGCAGCAAUAGAGGCCAGAAGAUCAAGCACCAGGUUGGAACAGGCAAGGCAAGGUGGAACAAGUGCAAGGGGAUUGAAAAUGUGCCAACAACAAUGCUAGGAUUACAAUGGGAAGUGUCACACUUCGCUAUUUUUGCUAUGGCUGUCUCUUUACAUCUGUGACCUGGACAGUUCUGCUGUUCGUUUAUUUUAAUUUCAGCGAGGAGACCCAGUCUUUCAAGAAUGUGCCCGUCAAGGGGCUUGAACCUCAGAAGCCGUUCCCCAAAAGAUUCUAUCCCCAGUUUGUCAAUGGACCAGCACGCAUGCUGGAAUCUAAGCACAGAUAUGGCAAGAUCAGGAACCCCUUGGGAAAUGCCGCACAGGAUCCCAUCAAGAGUGAUACAGAGUUUUCCCCUGAAAUGGGUAUGAUUUUCAAUGAACAGGACCAGGAAGUGAGAGAUUUGGGCUAUCAAAAACAUGCCUUCAAUGUGCUCAUCAGUAACCGGUUGGGAUAUCACAGAGAUGUGCCAGAUACAAGGGAUGGCAAGUGUAAAGAAAAAGUGUAUCCUCAUGAUCUGCCCUCUGCUAGUGUUAUAAUUUGCUUCUAUAAUGAAGCUUUCUCUGCCUUGCUUCGGACAGUUCAUAGUGUUCUGGAUCGAACACCAUCAUAUCUUCUCCAUGAAAUUAUUUUGGUGGAUGAUAGAAGUGAAUUAGCCGAUUUGAAGGAAGAUUUGGAUGUAUAUUUAACAAAAAAUCUUCCGAACAAGGUGAAACUAGUAAGAAAUGAAAAGCGAGAAGGGCUAAUUCGAGGGAGAAUGAUUGGCGCUUCCCACGCUACAGGAAAGGUGCUUGUGUUUCUGGACAGUCACUGUGAAGUGAAUGAGUUGUGGUUGCAGCCCUUGCUGACACCCAUCCAGGAAUCACGCAAAACAGUGGUUUGUCCUGUGAUUGACAUCAUCAGUGCAGACACACUUACAUAUAGCUCUUCUCCUGUUGUCCGUGGAGGGUUCAACUGGGGCCUUCACUUUAAAUGGGAUCUUGUUCCUUUGUCGGAGUUGGAAGGACCUGAACAAGCCAUUGCUCCAAUCAAGUCCCCCACGAUGGCAGGAGGCUUGUUUGCAAUGGACAGAGAAUAUUUCAAUGUGCUUGGACAAUAUGACAGUGGCAUGGACAUCUGGGGAGGGGAGAACCUGGAAAUAUCAUUUCGGAUCUGGAUGUGUGGAGGCAAACUUCUCAUCAUCCCUUGCUCCAGAGUAGGCCACAUCUUCCGUAAAAGACGUCCCUAUGGCUCUCCAGGCGGGCAAGACACAAUGGCACACAAUUCUUUACGCCUAGCCCAUGUGUGGAUGGAUGAAUAUAAGGAACAGUAUUUUGCCCUACGUCCAGAACUAAGAACAAGGAACUAUGGAAAUAUCACUGACCGUGUGGAAUUGAGAAAAAAAUUGAACUGCAAAUCAUUUAAAUGGUAUUUAGACAAUGUAUAUCCAGAGAUGCAAAUUUCUGGGCCCAAUGCAAAGGUACAGCCUCCAGUUUUUUUCAAUAAAGGGCAGAAGAGACCAAAAACACUGCAACGAGGAAGGCUGCAUCACCUUCAAACUAAUAAAUGUCUGGUGGCGCAAAGCCACCCAAGUCAGAAAGGAGGACUUGUUGUGGUCAGAGAAUGUGACUACAGUAAUAAAAAUCAGGUAUGGGUUUAUAAUGAAGAUCAUGAGCUGAUCUUAAACAACCUCCUGUGCUUGGAUGUAUCUGAAACUCGCACUUCCGAUCCACCGCGCCUUAUGAAAUGCCACGGGUCAGGAGGAUCUCAGCAGUGGGUACUUGGGAAAAACAAUCGGCUGUAUCAGGUGUCGGUUGGGCAGUGCAUGAAGGUGGCUGAUCCACUUAAUCUCAAAGGCUACGUCAGCAUGGCCAUUUGCGACGGCUCCCCCCUUCAGCAGUGGCGUUUGGAGAGCUGAGUGCCGCCUCAAGGAAUGCCCACUUCCGCAGUACCUCUUAGCGAGCUGCCUCUGGAAGGCUGGCAGUCCUUGCUGCUAUUUCCAUCCCCGAACGUUUAAAGGAAACUAUUUUAGGGAUGGUUAGAAAUCACAAAGGUCUGCAGUAUUCAAGCGGAAUAGAAGCUGUCGCGUUCCUUCCCCAGUCUCUCUGCAUGAGCAGAAGUGCGGUUACAUUCCUUGGAGUUCAACAGUAUAUGGAAAUAUUCGGAGUAAUCAUUAGGACAGUGUAAUUAAAUUAGCGAAUGCAUUUAAUGAAGUGGGCCUAAAUGGUCAGAAACCUACCUUGUUCUGCCAGUAUUUCUUGCAGAAGUAUUAUGGUACUCUUUUUUUUUUCAUUUGAACUGAUAGCUGGAAUUAUUUGACUGAUCUGGGAAAAAGUAUGUUUUAGCUUACCCCUUUUUGUAAAUAAUUUUAUUAAUUUUAACGUAAUGGUUAAUUGUGCAUCUGUCAUUUGUCCUGUAAUAUUUAAACUAGUUCAGGAUGUCAUUUUGAUGACUCUGGAGACCAUCCAAGUAGCAUGUCUGCUCCAAGGCAGCCCCCAACGCUCCCCCACCCCCCAAAGGCUCUCUUGUGUGCCAGGGAACCCUCAGGGAAGCCCACAGAAUAUGAGUGGAGGAGCUGUAGUCUCAGAGCAAUGUUUCUCUCACGCUGGCUGAGGAAUUCUGGGAGUUGAAGUGCCGACAUCUUAAAGUCGCUAAGGUUGAGAGAGACUGUGUUAGAGGAUGAUUAAUAAACGAGGGGCAAAGAGCAAGUGGCUUAUGCAGGGAGGGACGGCCUUUCUGUUCUUGCGAGGCACCUUGGAAUGCCACAAUACGAAACGUUACGUUGCUUGAUACGAAUUACGUUGCUUGAUUUUUGCCAUACCUGGUACUUCCCCAUUUCUCUGUGAAGGGGUUUAAAGAAAAAAAAAACUUUGCUAAGUGCUUAAAAGUUACUGAUACACGUAAAUAAAUAUUGGUGAGAAGCUUGACUUUGGUUUUGGACCAAAAACUUUCAUUGGGAAACCUGGUCCUUAAUUUAUGCAGUGCAGGUUUAAGGCACGUUUUAAGGAUGUUGGUGUUGCAAGAGGUAUAAAAGAUUCUUAUAUUCCUUUUUACAAAUCAGGCAGCAUAGGGAGUAUUACAUCUACAAAAAUGCUUAUGAUUUAUCUUUGCAGUUUCAUGGAGAGAAAACAAGUAUCAAUUUUUAUAUAUUUUGUAUUGCAUUUUUUAUUAUUAACACUAGGUGUUAUUGACACUCAUAUUAGCAACUGUCCCAUUGGUCUCUAGUGUACAUUAAAUACUUGGGAACCUUA